AACACCGCUGGCCGGAGCGGCUGAGGGGGAUCCUUUUUUUUUGGGGGGGGGGGGGCCCCCCCCGGGGCCAGCCCUGGCUCCGGUCAGGGCAGAGUGGGCCAAAAUCCCGCCCCCCCCCCGUCCCCUCUGGGCCUUCCCACGUUUUCCCUGCACACCCCCUACGCAAACGGGCCAGGCGCUGCCGUGCCUCGGCUCCCCCCCCCCCCGAGAUGAACUGGAUAAAACCCGGUGAAGGCCCCCCCCCCGCCCCGAGAUGGACAGUGCUCCCCGGCAGCAGGAUGAUGCAGGCAGCUGCCUGCGGACCAGGACAGCAGGACCGGCAGCAUGGCCUCUGGUUCCCGUUCGGCCCUCCAGCCGGUCACGUUUCCUCCAGCGAGGGGGUGUCGGUGGGUGCUUCCCCCCCCCCCAGGCCCACGGUGCUGACCCGCUGUCUCGCAGGGGUUACUCGAGGGACGCCGAAGGCAGCUGGUUCCGCUCCCUCUUCGUGCACAAGGUGGAUCCCCGCAAGGACGCCCAUUCCAAUCUCCUCUCCAAGAAGGAGACCAGUAACCUCUACAAAAUUCAGUUUCACAAUGUGAAGCCGGAGUGCCUGGAUGCCUACAACAGCCUGACAGAGGAGGUGCUGCCCAAGCUCCACUCGGAUGCCGACUACCCCUGCGACUUGGUGGGCAACUGGAACACGUGGUAUGGCGAGCAGGACCAGGCAGUGCACCUCUGGCGCUUCUCAGGCGGGUACCCGGCCCUCAUGGACUGCAUGAACAAGCUCAAACAGAAUAAGGAGUACCUGGAUUUCCGCAAGGAGAGGAGCCGGAUGCUGCUGUCCCGCAGGAAUCAGCUGCUCCUGGAGUUCAGCUUCUGGAACGAGCCCCUGCCCCGCCAGGGACCCAACAUCUAUGAGCUCAGGACCUACAAGCUGAAGCCAGGGACCAUGAUCGAAUGGGGCAACAACUGGGCUCGGGCCAUUAAGUACCGGCAGGAGAACCAGGAGGCGGUUGGCGGGUUCUUCUCCCAGAUCGGGGAGCUGUAUGUCGUGCACCACCUCUGGGCCUACAAGGACCUGCAGUCCCGGGAAGAGACGAGGAACGCGGCCUGGAGGAAGAGGGGCUGGGAUGAGAAUGUGUACUACACGGUCCCGCUGAUCCGGACCAUGGAGUCACGGAUAAUGAUUCCCCUGAAGAUCUCACCCCUGCAGUGAGCGGGGGUCUGCACCAGGCAUCUGCCUGCACCCGGAGGGGCACGCUCGCUGCCUGCGCUCCCUGCCUGCGCCCCGGCCCUGCUGGGGAAGGGCUGGGGGUCUCUGCUCCCCCACAGCUCCUAGCUCUCCUUUCCCCCCCCACCCCAUUUUGGGGUGCCCCGUGGGGGAUGAGAGCGGGGAGGGGAAGGGUGGGAAACCCCCACCCUGCAGUGGGUCCCCACGUGCGGCAGGGGACAGCACUGCCUGGGGGGGCUGGGCAGACUGCAGAGAUGAGGGGGGGGGUCUUAAUUAUUCCUGAUGGGCCCAGUGGGUGCCUUUCCUGCCAAUUAAAUAUUUAAUAUGC